AUGUCAAAUUUGGAAGAUAUAAAGCUAAAUCCUUAUUCUUUAAGAGUAUUUUUAAAUAUUGGAUUUCAACAAUAUAUAGAUAAUAUUGUAAAGAAUUUAAGCGAAGGAGAAGAUAAAACAUUAUAUUCAAGAAAUCAACAAGAUUAUGAUAAACUUGAAUCAGAAUUUCACUUUAUUUCUCAAUCUAUUAUGACUACUAUAGAUAGAACUGAUUUUGAUGAAGCAAAAUAUUUACCUAAAUUUGAUAUGAAUAAUAAAAAUUCAACUUUAUCAAUUGAAUCUAUUGAAAAUAUAUUAUGUGGAAGAAAUCUUACCCCAUUUAGAUAUACAAAAGUUAAAACUAAAGAUUUAAUAUUAAGAGCAUUAUUUAAUCAAGAUGAAGAAGUUUUUAUAAAUAAUCGUGAACAAGUUGCAUCAAAAAUAUUAAAUAUAUUAUAUUUAGUAUUAGAAACAUAUCCUGAAUUUAAGUUUAUUGAAAAUGAUUCAAAUAAAAGUUUAGGCUUAUAUUGUUUAAAAUAUCUUGAAUCAGUAUCUUCACUUUUUUCAUCAUCAUCAACAAACCAAGAGGAAAAUGAAGUUUUAUUUACAUCUGCAUGUAAAUAUUUAAAAAAUGAUUAUUCAGAGGACAUACCAUAUAAUAAAUUUUUUGAAUGUUUUGAAACUGUAUUUACAACUAUUUUAAAAUAUAUAAUAUCAAGUUCAAAUUCCAAAAAUGAGUCAAAUUUUGAAACAUUUAAUAAAUUAAGAGAAAUAGGAAAUAAUCUUAUGUCAUUUCAAUCAUUUGGUCAAGCUAUAAAAGUUUAUACUGAAGCAUUGACAAUUGAACCAAAGUAUAAUUAUGAAGAAGAUUCUCAAAUUUAUACUAAUAGAGCAAUUGCAUUUAUAGGAAUUAAUUGUGUUCCAGAAGCUAUUGAUGAUUUAAAUUCCGCGUUAGUUAUUGAUAAAGCAUUCGCUCCUGCAUGGACUCAAUUAGGUUAUUGUCAUUUAUAUAUGGGUAAUGGUUUAAUGGCAUUAGAAUGUUAUUCAAUUGCAUUAAAAUGUGCUGUUGGUGAAAUUCUUCCCUAUAGAUUCCCAAGAGAUAAGAAAAUCGUUGAAGAAUAUAGAGAAUUGAGACAAAAGACUAUAUUACCACAAUUUGUUGAAAGAUUAAGUGCUGCUAUAGCUUUAACUGAAAAAAGAGCUUAUCAACAAAAAGUACCAGAAGCUAAAAUUAAAAAAAUUGUAAGUGAAGUAAGAAAAACUUUAGCGCAUUUAAGAGCAAUUGGUCCAGAAGGUGAUAGAGAUUAUUUUACAUAUAUGCCAGUUUAUAGAGAUUCCACUUUGAGAAAUCUUUCAGAAAGAGCUAAUGCUAAUAGACCAAAUAUCCUAACACCUGAAGUUAGUCAAAAUAUGUUGGCUAGAAAUGGAAUGGAAACUGCAACAAUUACUCAAAUAGAUGCAAUUCCUCAUAAUGAUGCACCUAGAGCAACUACAACUACUACUGGAGUAUCUGGACCUCCCAAUAAUAACAAUAAUAAUGGACCAAGAUCAAGAAGAACCAAUGGAUUUUCGGUAACUGCUGUUGAUGCAGAUGGAAAUCCGGUUGAUGGACUUCCAAUUGGUAAUAUCGCAGAUUUUAUUGAUGAAUAUGACGAAGGUAUUGAAAAUAGUAAUAAUAGAGGUGACAAUAGAGGUUUAGGGGGACUAAGUCAAAAUGUAAGUGAGCUUUUGGGAGCAUUUACUCGACCACAGCAACAACAACAAUCAGAACAACAACAACAGCAGCAACAACAACAACAACAAAAUCAAAACACAAAUCAAAGUCAAAAUACCAACCCCAAUACUAAUACCAAUACCACUACAAAUGAAACCACGAACACAAAUGAAACUCCAAAUCUAAAUCAAAACCAAAAUCAAUCAAAUGUUCCUCCUGAUUUUAGAAGCAUAUCGGAUGCUAUAGUUCAAGGUUUAGGUAAUGUAUUUGGUCCUUCUAUUUCAAACACAUUACAAAGUAUGGGAGUUGGUACAGGUGGAACAUCAGGUAGUAAUGUUUUCGUUAAUGGAGUAGAUGUUACAGCAAUAGUCAGAGAUUCAGUUCGAAAUCAUUUUGAAAAUCAAGAUCAAAAUCAAAAUCAAAAUCUAAAUCAAAACCAAAACCCAAGAAAUGGUUCGACUCUGUUUCAAACUCAUGUUCAAAGUCAAGUUCAUUCCGAAGCAACAAAUUCAAAUCAACAACCUUCAAAUACUCAACCUAAUAACUCCACUACCAAUAAUCCAAAUACUUCUUCAUCCACAAAUGCAAACACUGAGCAAACUAAUAAUCAAACUCAAUCAGAUCAAGAUCAAGAUUUAGAUUUGGAUUAA